GCAGAUCGACUCAUGAGCACCCGACCCAGAAUUGCGUGACUUGGUGCAAAAUCGAUGCAUAAAUGGGUGCAGAUUUAAAAAUCACUACUAGAAACGUUCGUCAUACAUACGUAGCGAGUUCCAGAAAACCAGAGCAAGAGGCACUAGAUUCGACUGAACCACUGGGAACCGCAUUCUGCUGCAUUUUAGAGAAUGCAAUAGCGCUGACACAACAGGUAUUUGAGUUUAGAACUUUUAAAAGAAAUGGCUCCUGCAGGGGAGGUGGAGGCUGAGGUUCGUGCCACAAGGGCCGUGCUUCCCAGGGGUCAGCCCCGCGCAGAGGGCCCGGCGUGUGUGUUGGGAAUCGGCACUGCCGUUCCCCCGACCGAGUUCCUGCAGAGCGAUUACCCAGACUUCUUCUUCAACAUCACCAACACCAGCGACCAGGAGGCCCUCAAGGCGAAAUUCAAGCGCAUCUGCGACAAGUCCGGCAUCCGCAAGCGCCACAUGUUCCUCACCGAGGAGGUGCUCAAGGCCAACCCCGGCAUCUGCACUUACAUGGAACCCUCGCUGAACGUCCGCCACGACAUCGUGGUGGUGCAGGUGCCCAAGCUCGCCGCCGAGGCCGCACAGAAAGCCAUCAAGGAGUGGGGUGGCCGCAAGUCCGACAUCACCCACAUCGUGUUCGCCACCACCAGCGGCGUCAACAUGCCUGGAGCUGAUCACGCACUGGCCAAGCUGCUAGGGCUGAAGCCCACUGUGAAGCGGGUGAUGAUGUAUCAGACCGGGUGCUUCGGGGGGGCGUCGGUGCUCAGGGUGGCCAAGGACCUGGCAGAGAACAACAAGGGCGCCAGGGUGUUGGCGGUGUGCAGCGAAGUCACUGCCGUGACGUACCGCGCCCCAAGCGAGAACCACUUAGACGGGCUUGUGGGCUCAGCUCUAUUUGGCGACGGUGCGGGCGUGUACGUUGUGGGAUCCGACCCCAAGCCACAGGCAGAGAAAGCAUUGUUUGAGGUGCACUGGGCAGGAGAGUCCAUCCUGCCAGAGAGCGAUGGCGCCAUUGAUGGGCACCUCACGGAAGCAGGGCUCAUCUUCCACCUCAUGAAGGACGUGCCCGGGCUGAUUUCCAAGAACAUCGAGAAGUUUUUGAAUGAGGCCAGGAAGUGCGUGGGCUCGCCACAGUGGAACGACAUGUUCUGGGCGGUGCACCCGGGAGGCCCGGCCAUUCUGGAUCAAGUGGAGGCGAAGUUGAAGCUGAGCAAGGACAAGAUGCAGGGCAGCCGGGACGUAUUGUCGGAGUUCGGCAACAUGUCCAGCUCAUCGGUGCUAUUUGUGUUGGACCAGAUUCGCCACAGGUCGCUGGAGAUGAGGUCAUCGACGUUGGGAGAGGGAAGUGAGUUCGGGUUCUUCAUCGGGUUCGGCCCUGGGCUGACGCUGGAGGUGUUGGUGCUUCGCGCCGCCGUCAAUGUCUGAACUCACGCACGAUUCCGACUGGUAUCAUACAACACCAUUGAAUAUCUCAGGCCAUUGCCCACCACUGCCAUCAUGGCCAACGUCUACACAUCAUUAGUAGACCUUCUGAUACACUUAGGAAACUAAUCUUAUUAAGUGAUAUGGACAUGAGUAAAUGUUGGUUGAUUUACCAGAAAUCUUCAGUUUCUUUAUCGGACAGUCCAACUUAAUUUAAGCAUUAAGCGACUUUCUUUUUUAAGUUAAAUUGCUGACAUAUACAUUAAGACCUACAAAAUUGCACUUAUAUCAAGGUAUUUCUAUCGCAUUUUGAUAAUCUAUGACCAAAUAAAAGUUAGUCUUAUAUUAGGCCUACUUUAAUGAAACUUGUUCUCAUUUGAUAUUAUGAAUAACACCAUGUAAAUGAAACACAAGUUGCUUCCUAAGAACUUAAAGAAAAUCAACUGAA